AUGUCUAAGAAGAGCGUUAGCUCGUUGACCGAGGCUGACCUUAAGGGAAAGAGGGUGCUUGUCAGGGCUGAUCUGAACGUUCCUCUUGCCGGCGAUAAGAUCACUGACGACACUCGCAUUCGCGCGGCCAUUCCCACCAUCAAGCACCUGUUGGAGAAGGGUGCUAAGGUUCUUCUCGCGACCCACUUGGGACGUCCCAAGGGUGUCACCGAGAAGUACCGCCUGACACCUCUCGUUCCUCGGCUCUCAGAGCUUCUCGGCCAGGAGGUGAAGAAGGCCGACGAUUGCAUCGGCGAGGCCGUCGAGAAGGCUGUCGCGGAGCUCAAGGAGGGUCAGGUGCUGCUGCUCGAGAACGUGCGGUUCCACCCCGAGGAGGAGAAGAACGUCGCCGAAUUCGCGCAGAAGCUCGCGGCGAAUGCGGAUCUGUAUGUUAACGAUGCGUUCGGCACGGCGCACCGCGCGCACGCGUCCACGGAGGGCGUGACCAAGUUCCUGAACCCGUCUGUCGCGGGGUUCCUGCUUCAGAAGGAGCUGGACUACCUGGUUGGAGCUAUUGCUGAGCCCAAGCGGCCACUGGUGGCCGUCGUGGGAGGGUCCAAGGUGUCUACCAAGAUUAGCGUGCUCGAGUCUCUUAUCAACAAGUGCGACGCGCUGCUGCUGGGCGGCGGCAUGAUCUUCACGUUCUACAAGGCGCAGGGCCUAUCGGUGGGGUCGUCGCUGGUGGAGGAGAGCCAGGUGGAGCUGGCGGCCAGCCUUAUCAAGCUGGCCAAGGAGAAGAAUGUCGACCUGCGCCUGCCCCUGGACGUCAAAGUCGCGGAUAAAUUCGAUAACCUCGCGGACACCAAGGUGGUUUCAGCUGACUCCAUCCCCGAUGGCUGGAUGGGUCUUGACAUCGGUCCUGACAGCAUUGGUGCAUUCUCCGUUGUGCUCGAUGGUGCCAAGACCAUCAUCUGGAACGGCCCCAUGGGCGUCUUUGAGAUGUCCAACUUUGCUGAAGGAACCAAUGCCAUUGCCGCUAAGCUUGCAGAAAUGACAGAGAAGGGUGCGACGACCAUCAUUGGAGGUGGUGACAGCGUGGCAGCAGUGGAACAAGCAGGAUUGGCUGACAAGAUGAGCCACAUUUCGACAGGUGGCGGCGCGUCAUUGGAGCUGUUGGAGGCACGCCCUCCCCUUCCCCUUCGCAAAGACUCCCCUUCCACGUUGCUAUCUCUCACUUUCCCCCUCGAUAGCUCUCCCUUUCCCCACCGCUUGCACUCCCCUCCCCCGUCGUUAUCACUCCCUCCCCGUCACUAUCACUGCCCUUCCCCGUUGCUAUAUCCCUCGUUCCCCCUCGCGAGCACUCCCCCUCCUCGUCGCGUUCUCCCCCCUUCCCCCUUAUUAGCGUGCCCGUUACCCCCCACACGUGCCCUCCACUUCCCCUCGCACACCCCUCCCCCGUCGCUAUCACUCCCUCCCCGUCACUAUCACUCCCCUUCCCCGUCACUGUCACUCCCCUUCGUUGUCGUGUUCCCUCCCCUCCCCCCUCGCUCGCGUGCACGUCCAACCCCCAUGCGCGUCCUCCCCUUCCCCCGUCACUAUCACUCCCCUUCCUCGACGCGCUCUCUCCCCUUCCCCCUCGCUAACGUGCCCCUCUCCCUUUCCCCACCGCUAUCACUCCCCUCCCCCGUCACUGUUACUCCCUCCCCAUCACUAUCAUUCCCCUUCCCCGUCACUGUCACUCCCCUUCGUUGUCGCGUUCAUUCCCCUUCCCCCGUCACUAUCACUCCCCUUCCUCGUCCCAGUCUCUCCCCUUCCCCCUCGCUAGCGUGCCCAUUGCAAUCCCCUUUGCACGCCCUCCUCCUCCCCUUCCGCAAAGACUCCUUUUUUUCGCGUCGCUAUCUCUCCCUUUCCCCCUCGAUAGCUCUCCCUUUCCCCACCGCUAGCACACCCCUCCCCCGUCGCUAUCAUUCCCUCCCCGCUACUAUCACUCCCCUUCCCCCUCGCGACCAUUCCCCUUCCCCGUCACUAUCACUCCCCUUCGCUGUCGCGUUCCCUCCCCUUCCCCCUCGCUCGCGUGCACGUUCCCCCCCCAUGCGCGCCCUCCCUUUCCCCCGUCACUAUCACUCCCCUUCCUCAUCGCGGUCUCUCCCCUUCCCCCUCGCUAGCGAGCCCGUUGCAAUCCCCUUUGCACGCCCUCCCUCUUCCUUCGCAAAGACUCCCCUUCCAUGUCGCUAUCUCUCCCUUCCGCCCACGAUAGCUCUCCCUUUCCCCACCGCUAUCACUCCCCUCCCCCGUCACUGUCACUCCCUCCCCGUCACUAUCAGUCCCAAAAGAAUAGCCUUGCCACUGCGGGGGGUGGGGAAGGAAGAGGGCGAGUCAGGGAGCAGUUAUGGCUUCAAGGUUUUGAGACUCAAGAGACUGAGGCUUAAGCAGAAAUGGCCUGCCCAUUACCUCCUCCCAAUUCCUCCUCUCAAUCCCUCCUCCCAUUCCCUUCUCCCAAUUCCUCCUCCCAAUCCCUCCUCCCAUUCCCUUCUCCCAAUUCCUCCUCUCAAUCCCUCCUCCCAUUACCUCCUCCCAAUUCCUCCUCUCAAUCCCUCCUCCCAUUCCCUUCUCCCAAUUCCUCCUCCUAAUCCCUCCUCCCAUUCCCUUCUCCCAAUUCCUCCUCUCAAUCCCUCCUCCCAUUACCUCCUCCCAAUUCCUCCUCUCAAUCCCUCCUCCCAUUCCCUUCUCCCAAUUCCUCCUCCCAAUCCCUCCUCCCAUUCCCUUCUCCCAAUCCCUCCUCCCAAUCCCUCCUCCCAUUCCCUUCUCCCAAUCCCUCCUCCCAAUCCCUCCUCCCAGUCCCUCCUCCCAAUCCCUCCUCCCAAUCCCUCCUCCCAGUCCCUCCUCCCAAUCCCUCCUCCCAUUGCCUCCUCCCAAUCCCUCAUCCCAUCCCCUCCUCCCUCCCUCCUCCCAAUCCCUCCUCCCAUUUUCUUCGAGCCACAUAGACACAUAGAGAUGCCGUAUCUAACAAAUGUAUACAUAAACAUAUACAUGUAG